CACCGCUCAAGGUUAUGUCUACAAACGUCUAAUUAAUUUGCCUGCAAAGUUGUGAAAAAAAAGACUAACUUGUGACAUCACUGACUGGUGUGUGGCCAAAAGUGCCAAAUGCCUGGAAGAUUCAUGCUGCACAGAGCAGGGCACUCCUCCUCCUGUCAUUUAAGAAGUUCAUUUUCACCUCCUGCUAUCAUCUCACACUUGCUGGUCUUAGCUAUUAUGUUUCCUACUUUAAUUUCCUCACUGACACACACACAUUAAAAUACACUCACAGCCAGGCUGCAAAUCAGCCAAUGAAAUGUUAACUGAGAGUGAGAUUAGUGGAUUAACAUGUACCAAAGUAGCUUGUGUAAGAAGAGAAUGUUACCGUAGCCACCAGGCCAGUCAGCUAAUCCACAAGGCAGACAGAACACACAGCACUCACUGCUGCGCGGACCGAGAGUGAAGCGUAACGCAGCUACUGGAAACCACGUCUCCAACACAAUUUUUCCCCCAGUAAUGGUUCCUUGAUCCCACCAUGUGAGGUCUGUGGGCAUCAUGCUGGGCACAGAGGGCCAGUGGUCCAAGGCGUUAGCCAACAACAACAUAAGAGCCAUCCUCCGCUGGCUGCGGGAGCUCACAGCUGAAGGUGAAGCUGAUGUGGAGGAAAUCCUACCAACUUUCAGCUGCUGGGUACAGAGGACAUCAGAGUUUGCUAAAAAGGAGUUGUUAACACUAUGUUUCAGUCGCUGCCAGGGCCUGUGGAUGUUUCUGGACCGCAGUGCUUUCACCAGGGUGCACAUGCUGCUCCAGAGACUGAAGAACUUGCUCACUCUCACCCAGUGGGCAAGAAAGCAGCUCAGCUCAGCCCACCUCUGGCACGGUGUUGGGGUCCCAUGUGUGGUCUGCAGGGACACUUACAGCUCCUCAGACGUCAGACGUGGCUGCUGGAACCGAGAGCACAAAGCCCUUAAACAACACAUCUGGCUGGGGCAACUGGUUCAGUGGUGGGGCAUCAUGGGACUCCUACCCAAGUCCCCUGAGGCUCAAGAGGUGAAGCGUAUCUCUCAGAUGUGGAAAGAAAUGGAUCACAGCCAUCGGAAAGCUUGUCUCGAGACGCCAGGGUGGGAGGAGGGAGGAGUGGAAAGAUACAGGUCUUUGAUACAGGGGAUGGUGACUCAGCUGGACAGGCAGCAUGGAUGCAUUUGGACUUCUGAAGACGGCACAGAGCAGUGCUAUCCUCCUCCUAAUCUGCAGGCCCUGCUAAAGCUCGUGCUAGUGCCUCGUAUCGACAACAUGUCAGUCCAAGCGCUUCUCAUGUACUUUGUCUUGGAUAUGGCAAACUUCCUGCAGUGCAAAGACGACCUCCUUCAGUCUUUCUGCCAUGCCUUCACUAUUCCCUCCAGCUUUUCCCAACAACUCAGGGCCUUCUGGAUGCUUGAUCAUGGACACAUCAAGGCCUCCAUGGAGUUAUUACUGAGCCCCAGGGCUGCUGCUCCCUGUCUCUCCUGGCAACAUCGCUGCAUCAUCCACUGCCUGCUAACAAGGAAGCAGCCUCAGUUGGCUUUAAGGUACCUCCACUGGACCAGACCUGCAAUAGAGAGCGCUGAGGAUGCUAAGCUCUGUGCAGACGUGCUGCUUCAAAACAGUUGUGUCUCUGAAGCCUGGGCUCUGUUGAAGAGAGGCCACACUGAAAGCGAAAACGUGGUCAAGUACUUCCUCCAGGCCUGUGAUGGAUUUGGUUUGUGUGCAGAGGCUUUAAAGUGCAUCCCUGCAGAAUACAAUGGUGAAGAGAACAAAGGAAAUGGGACUACAGGGCCACAGUUGCCACAGAUAAAGAAAGCAGAAAGGCCACCCUGCCUGCUGUCUGCCAAACUUUAUCAGGCUCAGAGAGACAACACAAUGUCCCCAGAGGAACUGGUCCAACUAGUCAGAAAGGCUGUGAUGGAAGUGAGAAAGCCACAUCCCAAGAUAAGUGAGAUGGUGUGGCCGGAGCACACGGAGAGAAAAUCGAAAAGCAGAGAGAUGUUUCUGUCAACCAGGGCUCUCCGUCAUCUCACGCCCAGCCCCUCCCCAAUGGACAUGGUAGAAGACACAGAGCAAACGGCACAUACAGAUGAACCAGAAGAGGAACAGCCUGUCCAUAAUGAGCCUGAGUCACAAGAGCACAUUUCGUCUUCUGAGGAUCUGAGCUCUGAGUAUGUCUCCUCCUUCACCUCAGCCUCCUCCUUGCCUCGGUUGAGACGGCGUCCUUAUGUGUAUGAAAGUACUGUGACUCUGCAGAGGAUCUCCUCUCUCCUCAAUGAUGGAGAGAACCAAAGCAGGGAAGAAGAAGAGGAGGAGGAAGAGGAAGAUGACAAAGAGAGCAGGAGCCCUUCAUCAACUGGUGCCUUGUCAGAUUGCCUUGAGCCUGCAGGGACACUAGAUGGCGCCACAGACCCCGUUUACCUGAGCAACUUGAAGAAAGACAUUUUGGUGGAGCCGGUGCUUUCUGCAGAGGAGGGAGAAGAGGAUGUUAAGACAGAGGUUUUCUCAAGAGAGGACUUCCUCAGUGUUGAUGCAGUUUCAGGACCUUUCAUGGACGAAACCCUACCUCUAAAUAAGAGUUGCAGGUUAUAUCUUCCCCCUGAGUUCUACAGCAAUGAGGUCAGCCAAUCAGUACCCUUCCUCUGUGAGGCCCAGGUGGAGAGUCACAGCUUCCUCUCACCAGACUAUGAGAAACUGGCCGGCUGUAAAGGAGACGAAAUCAUUCAUGGUCCCCCAGGUGUCGCCAAGCUGUGGAGCCCUGCAGUGUCACUCAACCAAGAAGAACAAGCAGACUGCAUCCCUUCACAGAUUUUCAGUUUUACUGAAGCUGCAAAAUUGGACCGUUUCCUAGAAAGGGAACUUCAUCAGAAUACAUAUGAGCAUCAUCAGCAAGAGGGAGUUGUGGAAUACUUCAGCCAAGGCCUCUCCUGUGCCCUGUCUGAAACCACUCAGGACCUGUUGACUGACCUUCACCAUAGCCUUCUGUCAGAGGAUCCUGUAGCCAGCGGCUCAGAGGCGUCAGCAGGGAGCGGUCAGCAGGACAUCUCCCCCCUUGCCCCUGUGUGCAGCUCUAUUUUCCCCACACAGCUUCAGAUCUCUGGUAGCUCUCUGACCCCGAGCCUAACCUGCAACAUCAUAACCACCUGUGCUCCUUCUCACAACACCAAAGAGAGCUCCCCCACAGCCCAAUUACAGAUGGAUGAACUCUGUGCCCAGAGCACCUCAGCCUGGCUCAAUCAUUGCACAGUGGGAAGCUGGUUGAAACAGGACCUGGACACCCGCAGAGCUUCUAGUGGCUUUCUACCUGCUGCAGAGUCAGGAGCAACUAUCACGUCAGAUAACAAGAAGCCCUCUUUUGCACUAGGCCAACCGUAUUCCUACACUCUGGUCAACUUUACGGACUUCACCGCAAAGCAAAAAGGAGACAGCAGAGAUGGCAAACAGGCAGACAAAGAAGAGCCCGCAGGUUGGAGCAGUUUGGGGAAAGGUUCACAAGGUGCCAUAAGAAGUGGGAGAACACUAUUAAGGAAAGGAAAACGAGUGAAGAGAGCAUGAAGAUUUAGCACAUCUAUGGCACAUUGGACAGCACAUGGAGAACUGAACUGGAUGAAAUAUGUUCUCUACAUGAUGCAUCUUCCUUUUGUUUCAAAAAUACAUUUUGAUUUAUUAACCUAAAGCAAUACUGUAAGGAUUAACACACGGCAAAAUGAACUUACUGAUCACAGGACAAGCUUGAUGAUCACCACAUAGACUUUUCACCUUGACCUGAUCCAUCUCCCCUUCCUCAUCAAUCAACUGGUUAGAUCGGUCUGACGGCUGCUGCUGCUGUCAGCAACCUUUCCCACCCAGCGACAUUGUCCUGCCACACCCUUCCUCUUCCUCUGUAACACCGUGUGUCAGAGACACUUAAUAAUGAAUAUCUCAGGAAUUAUUGAUAAAUGUGAA